AGCAUUACAGUACAGCUUGCAAGAAACGUUCCUGCUCUCCAUCAACACAUUUGUGACGCUAUCGCAGAGCGCAGCGAUAUUUCUAGCCGGUCCCUUCGCGAUCAAUGGCACCAUCUCGUUGUCGGUCCGUUUUUAAAGCUGGUCGGCAAGGACUCCCAAUCCUCUUAUGUUCUGGUCAUUGAUGCUCUCGAUGAGUGCGCUGAGGAUAACAACAUCCGGAUCAUUUUACAGCUAGUGGCCGAGAUACGAUCGCUACCGAAGGAGAAAGAGGAGUUGUACGGAAUGGUGAGACAUAUUCUUGGGAGUAUAGUUCUGCUCUUUUCCCCACUCUCUUCCGCUUCUCUAGGCAGACUUAUCCACCUUCAAACCAGGGACAUUGACCAGACGUUAGACGUUCUUCAUGCAAUACUAGACAUUCCAGAGGACCGACAUCGCCCGCUUCGUCUACACCACCCUUCAUUUCGCGAAUUCCUCCUUGAUAAGAAGAGAUGCAGUAAUUCAAACUUCUGGGUUAACGAGAAGCAGGUACAUAGGGCAUUAGCUACGAGCUGUAUACAGCUAAUGUCGGCCUCUCUUAAGCAAGACAUCUGCGGAAUGGAAGCUCCAGGUGUGCUCGUAGCUAAUGUAUCGAGCAAUCGAGUGGAGCAAUACUUUACUCCGGAGGUUCAAUAUGCAUGUCUCUACUGGGUUCAGCAUCUUCAGAAGAGCGAUGCUCGGCUUCAUGACAACGACGUAGUGCAUCAGUUCCUGCAGAUACACUUACUACACUGGUUUGAGGCGCUAAGCUGGAUGCGGAGGAUCUCUGAAGGGAUCUAUACAAUUACUUCUUUAGAGUCCGUUGCCCUUGUAAGUAAGCCAACAGCAUUACACGAGUCUUCCAGCUUAAUUUGGUUCAGGAACAUGACUGUCCCCUAUGCUCCUCUACAGAUCUACUGUAGUGCAUUGAUUUUUACACCUACGAUGAGUGUAGUUAGGAGGCAGUUCAAAGACCGGAUACCUCGAUGGAUGCAAAGAUUGCCUAAGAUUGAGAACGAUUGGAGUGCUCUACUGCAGACACUCGAGGGCCAUGCGGACCGGGUCAACGCCGUGGCCUUCUCGCCGGACGGCAAGGUGGUAGCGUCGGCGUCGAACGACAAGACGGUCCGGCUAUGGGACGCCGGAUCGGGAGCGUCCCUGCAGAUGUUCCCUGUAGAUGCUGUUGUUCAGACUCUUUCGUUCUCUAAUGAUGGGAUAUCCCUCCAGACUGAAAGAGGACAGCUACACCUCGCAAUUCUCUCCCACGGUUUAGCUGCUUCCGAAUCCAGCCGUUCAUGGGCUAUAUUCGUGAAUCAGCAAUGGAUUAGCUGGGGCAUGGACAAUAUGCUUUGGCUUCCUUCCGAAUAUCGGCGCUGUUGCGUUGAUAUUCACAGCAACGUUGUUGCUUUAGGAUGUGGAUCUGGUCGUGUGUCAGUCAUGGCAUUCGACUUUGAAUCUUAG